AUGGGAGGUGAUGAUUCUGGAGUUGGUGGUGAUGCUCCUGGAGUUGGUGGUGAUGCUCCUGGAGUUGGUGGUUAUGCUCCUGAAGAUGGUGGUUAUGCUCCUGAAGAUGGUGGUGAUGCCUCUGGAAUGGGAGGUGAUGCUCCUGGAGUUGGUGGCGAUGCUCCUGGAGUUGGUGGCGAUGCUCCUGGAGUUGGUGGUGAUGCUCCUGGAGUUGGUGGUGAUGCUCCUGGAGUUGGUGGUGAUGCUCCUGGAGUUGGUGGUGAUGAUUCUGGAGUUGGUGGUGAUGCUCCUGAAGUUGGUGGUGAUGCUCCUGGAGUUGGUGGUUAUGCUCCUGAAGUUGGUGGUGAUGCUCCUGGAGUUGUUGGUGAUGCUCCUGGAGUUGGUGGUGAUGCCUCUGGAAUGGGAGGUGAUGCUCCUGGAGUUGGUGGCGAUGCUCCUGGAGUUGGUGGUGAUGCUCCUGGAGUUGGUGGUGAUGAUUCUGGAGUUGGUGGUGAUGCUCCUGAAGUUGGUGGUGAUGCUCCUGGAGUUGGUGGUUAUGCUCCUGAAGUUGGUGGUGAUGCUCCUGGAGUUGUUGGUGAUGCUCCUGGAGUUGGUGGUGAUGCCUCUGGAAUGGGAGGUGAUGCUCCUGGAGUUGGUGGCGAUGCUCCUGGAGUUGGUGGUGAUGCUCCUGGAGUUGGUGGUGAUGCUCCUGGAGUUGGUGGUGAUGCUCCUGGAGUUGGUGGUGAUGCUCCUGGAGUUGGUGGUGAUGCUCCUGAAGUUGGUGGUGAUGCUCCUGGAGUUGGUGGUGAUGCUCCUGGAGUUGGUGGUGAUGCUCCUGGGGUCAGAGGUGAUGCUCCGGGAUUCAGAGGUGAUGCCCCUGGAGUUGGUGGUGAUGCUCCUGAAGUUGGUGGUGAUGCUCCUGGAGUUGGUGGUGAUGCUUCUGGAGUUGGUGGUGAUGCUCCUGGAGUUGGCGGUGAUGCUCCUGGAGUUGGCGGUGAUGCUCCUGGAGUUGGUGGUUAUGCUCCUGGAGUUGGUGGUUAUGUUCCUGGAAUUGGUUGCGAUGCUCCUGGAGUUGGUGGCGAUGCUCCUGGAGUUGGUGGCGAUGCUCCUGUAGUUGGUGGCGAUGCUCCUGAAGUUGGUGGUGAUGCUCCUGGAGUUGGUGGUGAUGCACCUGGAGUUGGUGGCGAUGCUCCUGAAGUUGGUGGCGAUGCUCCUGGAGUUGUUGGUGGUGAUGCUCCUGAAGUUGGUGGUGAUGCUCCUGAAGUUGGUGGUGAUGCUCCUGGAGUUGGUGGUGAUGCUCCUGGAGUUGGUGGUGAUGCUCCUGAAGUUGGUGGUGAUGCUCCUGGAGUUGGUGGUGAUGCUCCUGAAGUUGGUGGUGAUGCUCCUGGAGUUGGUGGUGAUGCUCCUGGAGUUGGUGGUUAUGCUCCUGAAGUUGGUGGUGAUGCUCCUGGAGUUGGUGGUGAUGCUCCUGGAGUUGGUGGCGAUGCUCCUGGAGUUGGUGGUGAUGCUCCUGGAGUUGGUGGUUAUGCUCCUGAAGACGGUGGUGAUGCUCCUGGAGUUGGUGGUGAUGCUCCUGGAGUUGGUGGUGAUUCUCCUGGAGUUGGUGGUGAUGCUCCUGGAGUUGGUGGUGAUGCUCCUGGAGUUGGUGGUGAUUCUCCUGGAGUUGGUGGUUAUGCUCCUGAAGAUGGUGGUUAUGCUCCUGAAGAUGGUGGUGAUGCUCCUGGAGUUGGUGGUGAUGCUCCUGAAGUUGGUGGUGAUGCUCCUGGAGUUGGUGGUUAUGCUCCUGGAGUUGGUGGUGAUGCUCCUGGAGUUGGUGGUGAUGCUCCUGGAGUUGGUGAUGAUGCUCCUGGAGUUGGUGGUGAUGCUCCUGGAGUUGGUGGUGAUGCUCCUGGAGUUGGUGAUGAUGCUCCUGGAGUUGGUGGUGAUGCUCCUGGAGUUGGUGGUAAUGCUUCUGGAGUUGGUGGGGAUGCUCCUGGAGUUGGUGGUGAUGCUCCUGGAGUUGGUGGUGAUGCUCCUGGAGUUGGUGGUAAUGCUUCUGGAGUUGGUGGGGAUGCUCCUGGAGUUGGUGGUGAUGCUCCUGGAGUUGGUGGUGAUGCUCCUGAAGUCGGUGGUGAUGCUCCUGAAGUUGGUGGUGAUGCUCCUGGAGUUGGUGGUGAUGCUCCUGGAGUUGGUGGUUAUGCUCCUGAAGACGGUGGUGAUGCUCCUGGAAUCGGACAUGAUGUUCCUAGUGAAGGAUCCUCUCAUGGCAAAUACAACUCAAUUUCAACACAACACAACACAACAAUGAUAUAA